GAGGCUUCUCUCGGCUACCCUGAAUUUCAAGAAGGCAGGGUUUCGACAGUUGUUUCUCAGACUGUUCUUCUUACCGUUAUUUUUCUUUUUCUUAUGGAUUUUCUAUAGAGAAAUGAAAGAUUUUCAACACACCUUCAUAACUAGGAGUGGACUCAUUCUGAAUUGCUUGUGUGGAGUUUAUUUCAUAGGAAUCAUGAAUACGGUGUUCAUGUAUCCCAUAUAUCGGACGAGAUAUUUUCAAGAAUCCCAAGAAGGUCUUUAUGGGGGAACAUUAUUUUUGUUAACAUAUAAUCUGGUUUCAAUACCAUUUUCAUUUGUUUCGACCAUCGCAGCGACUGCAAUCAUAUAUCCAUCCAUCAAAGGUCUACAACACUGGCUGUUUUAUUUGACGUAUGCCACUCAAACACGAUAUGCAUCAGCUUUCCUAAACCGCAAGGUGUUCACAAACCCUCUUCUGAAUCAAGCUCUUCCAUAUGACGAACAGCACAACUGCACAAGUAUGAACCUGAUAGAAACAUCCCUACUGAGCGGAGCUAACGAUCCUUACUGUAGGUAUGCAAGUGGACAGGCUUUCUUAACGGAAAGAUAUAGCAGGGAUCCCACUGAUGUCAUUUUCAGCGGAAUAUUGGAGGAGGAUUUCAAUAUCGGAGUCACUUUUGCUUUUGCAUUGGGAAUGAUCGUAUUCAAUUUGUUCAUGUACCUCAUUCCUUUGCCUGCAUUCGUGAAGGCAAAGUUCAGAGAAUGAAAGAAUGGAUUGGUCGUGAUGUGUAUGUGGUUGAGCAAUGAAUGAGGUGCAUUAUUUUUGGAAGGAAUGUAAUCUCCUCGUUCUGGUGUUCUAGAAAACUGCAGUAUCAUAGAUUCAUCACUUUUUUUCAAUAUUUUCACAACCAUUCCUUCAAUAAUCUCGCCCUAGAGGUCUUUUGUUGAAUGUUUGUCAUAUUUUUCUAGAUUAAAUUACGUCUAUGAAUAACUCAUCUGACUGAACACAUCUACGAAAACACAUCACGUCUCUGUAUCUGUAGAGUAGGGAGAGUGAGUUCAAUUAUCCUUCCAAUGGUACCCUGACCCAUUAUGUACCCACAGCA